AUGCUUCCUGGUACCACCAAGCCAAUUGUUUUCCCAGACGAUUAUAUUCCACCGACCUCGGGGAGUGUGGAUAUUAACCUUGCAACGUAUUUGGUACUCAAGUUUGGAAAACAUAAUCAUCUUUCCGCUUCUGAAAUCCGAGAGAUGAAUCGUCAUCUUCGUCAAAUGGAUGUUCCUUUGGUUUGGAAUGGAUGUAAUGGCCUUCCGGUCGACUUGACGUGUGAAUUGAGUUUGGACUCAACACCACGCAAUCACAGUUUUGUGAAGCUGGUGACACGACCAGGCAAGGGGCCAAAACAUCAGUUUGUUACCGUUUUGAGCUAUUUCGAGAAGAAAUAUGGGAUAACACUCAACUACAGCCAUUCUCCACUCGUUCGCGACAAUGGUGGAAGAAUGUACCCGACUGAAGCCAUCUGGAUCCUAAUGUUCGAACAGGUUGACGGUGUUCCGCUCUCCCCAACUACAACGGAUCCUCAGCGAUUCGACGGUGCCCUCAACAACACUCCAAUCAAAACACCAACUACUUUUUCUACCGGAGAAAAUGCUCCAAUGAGGCCACAACAACUUGCUCAUCCCCAGUUGCUUCCACUGUUUGAAGACACUUUCAAAAAUAUGACCCUCGUUGGAACUAUCAAAAUUUAUAAGGAUGGAAAUUCUAAUCUUCAUGUUGCAUCAGGCUGA